AGAGACAAUAAUAACUUCAGCAUCGCAUUCAAGUCAUUGUCAACAUACUUAUUAUCUUAGCCCUAUCAAGUGUCUACAACCUUUCCAAGACGAAUAUAUUUAGCCAAUUUGAAUUCUUGUUAAAUGGGCAUUUCCCGGAGACGGGAAGUAUUGCUAUUGAAAUGUUUAGUAUUUUAUGUUAAAAAUGCAACUACUGGAUUUUAUUUCAUAACUUGCUCUGCGUUUUUGUUUGAGAAGUGGACAACAUUCUGACGGUAUAGUAUCGCCUUCAUACUUCAAACCAAAAGGACCUUGCGCAGAUGAAAAGUUGUCCAACUGAGUUUUUUAUUUUGGCGCUUUGGGAAUUUAAAAGGGAAUAAAGAGACUUAGGAACUGAUGAUGACGAAGACUGUCAAAUUUAUCACGGGAAUAUUUCUAGUUUUCCAGUAUCAAAUAGCUCAUGUGGAAUUGAUGCCUGCCAGUGGUCUGGGGAGUGUGUCUGAGGACCAGGGAUCCUCCAGCCAGAGGUGGAGGAGGUGGCUGGCCAUCCCCAGGUCGGGUGCCCUGAGCUGGACCAGUGACGACCGCCACAGCCACUACAAGGACCAGGGUGACCUACUGACUGAGGAGAGACAUGACAACAGCUCCCAGAUUGAAGACAUGAACCAUAGCUACUACACAUCUAAGAUCUAUGGGGCUACAGAGACUGCUGGUAAAUAUCUGUGGGUGGACAUAGAUCAGCUGGACCCAGGGAAGGGGAAGAUCCACGGCCUGCUGUCCAACACACACAGACAAGCAGCGAGUGUUCAUCUGUCCUUCGACUUCCCGUUCUAUGGUCACAUGCUCAGGGAAAUCACAGUGGCAACUGGUGGUUUCAUCUACACAGGCGAUGUCAUCCACAGGAUGCUGACGGCCACUCAGUACAUCGCCCCUCUGAUGGCCAACUUUGACCUUAGUACGUCCACAAACUCGACCAUCAGUUACUUUGACAACGGUACAGCCUUGGUAGUCCAGUGGGAUCAGGUUCACCUACAGGACAGUGUAAGUCAAGGCCCAUUUACCUUCCAGACCGCUCUGCACAGCGACGGACGCAUCGUCUUCGCCUACAAAGAGGUUCCCAUUGACAUCAGUGAGAUCAGGUCAGUGAACCAUCCUGUCAAAGUGGGCCUCUCAGACGCAUUUGUGGUGCUUCAUGAGAUUGAGCAGAUACCCAAUGUUCGCAGGAGGACCAUCUAUGAGUAUCACAAAGUGGACAUCCUCAAGUCCAAGAUCGCCAACUCUACAGCGGUUGAGAUGCUUCCUCUGCCCACUUGUCUUCAGUUCUCCAGCUGUGGACCUUGUAUGUCAUCUGAGAUUGGCUUCAACUGCAGCUGGUGCAGCGUACUGCACAGGUGUUCCAGUGGCUUUGACCGGCAUCGUCAGGACUGGGUAGAUAAGGGCUGUCCUGAAGCGGGGAAAAACCAGAGCUGUGUUCAGAUGGUUCACACCAACACCACAACACCUUACAAUGUGCCUAACGCUCACACUACAACCACUCCAGUUGCCAUGACAAGAACAGUGCGACAGCGGACUACCACCUCCAUCACCACAACUACCUCCUCUACCACCACUACCACUGCCACUACUACAUCCAGAGCCAGACCUAGCCCCACUGUCACCACUGCCCUCCCCUUCACCAGUGCUCCUACGGUGGAUGACACUAAGUUUUCCCUGCACACAGAAAAAGAAUCGCCUGCUGAGGUGGACGAGCCAGAGGAGGAGCAGAGAGAGGUACGCCUGCAGACUGGUCUCCUGGUGGGCAUCUCGCUGGUCAUGAUCACCAUGGCAGCAGCCAUCAUAGCAACGGUGUACAUGUACAACCACCCGACCUCAAGCGCCAGCCUAUUCUUCAUAGAGAGGCGGCCCGCACGCUGGCCAGCCAUGAAGAUGAGGUUCUGCCGCAGCUCAGGGAACCCUGCGUACGCCGAGGUGGAGGAUCCAGGGCUGGAGAAGGACGAUCUGGUGGUCAUCGACCCCAAACACACCUUCGUCAUCUCCGGCCACGACCGCAGGGAGAGCUUCAUGGACAGCAAGGAUGGAUUCAUCGUCCCCAACCAAAGAGAACGGUUCCUGUCAGACCAUUGCUGACCGGACCUGACUGGAUCUAAACGGAUCUGACUGAACCGGACCUGGCCAAAACUAACCAGACCUGACCAUUCAGGAGGUUUUGGAGAGGAACUAGUUAGUAUUUUAUACUGUGGAAGGAGAAUGUAUACUUUUGCUACCUUGCAUUCUAACUAAAGUGCAUGAAUAAAGGAACAGACUGGAUUUGUAAGAAACCAUAUUCAGACACUUAGAGGACAAAUGGAAGUUUGUGGGGUGAAAAAGUGUUGGUUUAAACAAAAAAAUAAGCGUUUGGGCCUUCAGUUCUACCGUGGAAGUGGAAUUCCUUGAACUAAUACUAUUUAGCACGUACAAACGUCAAGGUUCAGAGCUGCCGAGGAAGAAAAACUAGCUGAUUUUUAAAAACUAUGAAAUAUAUAAGCUAAGAAUGUCAUCAGCAUGUUGAGCAGGUUUUGUUUUUCCUGGUGGAAUGCACUGCUACAGCUGACUGGAGAUGGAAAUGGCAGUGCCUCAGGAGAAUCUCAGGCCGACUCAGUGACUCAACUCAACGACAGCUACAGGACAAUCUUGAACAAUGUGCUGAUGAUUCUCUACUGUACAUAUGCUUAACCUGCUGUCAUUUUCAUGACAUUUGAAACAUUUGUGAUUUGUGUGAGAAUGCUGUGAUUGCAGAGGACAGGACACAUAAUACAUUAAACUGGACAGAUG